AUGGCUCCUAGCGUUGCGCUUGUUGCGCUCACUGCUUCUACUAGUCUUCUUCUUGUUGGCGCUAUUGCCGUCACGCUUUACAUUCAUCGCGAGCGUAUCCAGGACGCGUUGCAAGAAUUUCAGAAUGAGGUGGAAGUGCGACACCAGCACUGGAUGCGCGAGAGUGGACAGCGCGCUGAGCAGCAUGAGCUCUCUCGUCCAGGCGGCGCGUCUCUUGAGCGCGACAGUAUGAAUGUCGAUUCUUGGCGUCACGCAGGCCAUGGUGGCGAGAGUCAGACGACUCUCCUGGACUUUGACGAACAGGCAUCUCAACAAGCAGCAAGACACAGGCAGGGCUUCACGCAAGAGGUGGAGCAAUCUUUAGAGUUUGACACGCCGGCGACACAAGAACAUCUUUUGUCGCGCGCCUCUUCCUUUGCCGUUGUCAACGGUGACGAGUCUGAACCAAGCGACUUCACUGACUCUGAUGACGACACAUUCAAGAAGUCAAUGUGA